AUGGCCUUGACAGAUGCCCUGCCGGCGUCCGUGUCAGAGCAGCUGACCGCCCGGAACGCUCUCAUCCUGGUCGGCGCGUGGCUGGCGUACCAGCUCCUCCGUGCCGCAUGGAAUGUCUCGCCCAUGCACCCGCUGAGCCGCAUCCCCGGCCCGAAGCUGGCGGCCGCGACGUACUUGCCCGAGUUCUGGUACGACACCGUCAAGUUUGGGCGCUACACGCAGCAGAUCCAAAAGAUGCACGAAAAGUAUGGCCCAAUAGUAAGAAUCAACCCUCAUGAGGUGCAUUGUGCCGACAGCAACUUCAUCGAUGAGGUCUACGCUGUCGGCGGCAGAAAGCGAGAUAAGCCGCGCCACCAAGUCAGCGGUUCCGCCAUGGAGCAUUCGGGUUUUGCGACUUAUGAUCACGACUUGCACCGCCUCCGCCGCGGCCCGCUGGCCAAAUUCUUUGCCCGUGGCCAAAUUUCGAAGCUGGAGCCCGAGAUCCACGCGCUGGUCCAGCGGCUGUGCGACAAGCUCCUGAAAGAAAGCGGACAGGGCAAGCCAAUCGACGUGACCAUGGCAUACUCGUGCUUUACCUCCGAUGCCAUCUCGGACUACUGCUUUGGUGAGAGCUUCGGGUUCCUGGCCCAGGAAAGCUGGGAGCCCAACUACCGCGCGGCCCUGUAUGCGUUCUUGCAGACUGUCUAUGUGUUCCGGUAUUUCCCGUUCCUGAAGCACGCAUCCAUGGCUGCCCCUUGGUUGACGCGUUUCAUGUCCGAAGACAUGGCCCUCCUGAUCAAGACUUUGCAGACGGACAUUCCGAACCAGGUGAAGAGUAGCAAAGCCGACCAAAAUGCCGGCAUCAUCCGCGAGCGGCCCACGGUCUUUGGCUCGCUUCUCGAGUCCGACAUGCCGGCCCAUGAAAAGUCGCUUGCCCGCCUCACUGACGAGGCAUCGGCCGUCCUCGGAGCCGGCACCGAGACCACCAGCUGGACCCUCUCCGUCAUCACGUACCACCUCCUGACACAGCCUAAGCUGCUGGAGAAGCUGACGGCCGAGCUGCGCUCCGUGGUUGACGACCCGUUGAAGCUGCCCACCUGGACCACGCUCGAGAAGCUGCCGUACCUCGGCGCCGUUAUCCAGGAGGGCCUGCGCCUCUCCUACGGAGUCUCGGCACGUACCUCACGUGUCCCCACCGAGGAGGACCUGCUCUACCGCGGUCAGUGGACACCGGUGGGCAGCAAGGCGCCCGUCGACGUCGAGUACGUGAUCCCUCGGGGCUACGCCAUCGGCAUGUCGUCCAGCAUCAGCCACCACGACGAGAGUGUCUGGCCGGACUCGCACUCCUUUAUCCCUGAACGGUGGUUGGACGAGCAGAUGCAGCGGAAGAAGGAGCUGGAGAGAUGCAUGCUGUCGUUCUCGAAGGGAAGCCGUGCGUGUCUCGGCAUGAACCUUGCGUUCUGCGAACUCUACCUCUCACUGACGGCAUUGACGCUGCGGGUCCUGCCGCAAAUGCGCCUAUUCGAGACCACGGAGAUCGAUGUCAAGUAUGAUCACGACAUGUUCGUGCCGCUGUCGCACGAUGACAGCAAAGGUGUCCGUGUUACUGUUGUAUAA